CGAAUAACUUAUUCCAAAAUGUCUCGAUUUUUGUUGGUCAAAAUUCAUAUCUUGACAUUCAUUGUCGCUUGUGUUUAUGCCAAUAACUGCCCGACUAAAUGCGGAACAAAUGAAAUUUGUAAUUCAUGCGGUAGUCAGUGCGAACUCAAAUGUUCAAAUCCUCAUCCGCAUGCUUGCUCUCUUAUCUGCCUCCCACCAGCUUGCGCUUGCAAAAAGGAUUUUGCAAGAGAUGAGAAAACUAACAACUGCGUUCCCAAAGACUCGUGUCUUCAGUUAAAAAGGAAAUUUAUCAAUAAAAAAUCUCAUAUUCAUUCCUAG